GGAAAAAUGCUGAUUAGAUGUCCGUGAAAACGUUAAAAUACCUUGAAUGUUCAGUUCUAGCGGCACAGCCAUCAUGCGUGCGAUGGAGUCAAAGCGCUUUAGCUUGGCAAUUUUAGCAUGCGUAAUCAUCGUGGUUAUUCUCUACAAACAUUUAACUAAUGAGCCAAAUAGUGAGAUGGACAGUCAAACGAAAAGCACAAAAAUGACCCUUAAUGAGUUGAGUGGACGAGAGGAGUUUGACGAGUUGCUCCUAGCGUACGCCCGAGAUGUCAUGAUUGAACCUUCAAGUCGAGAUGUACCUUACUUCUUGGAUGGCACGAAUAAUAAGGACCACAGUGGCUUAAAUUACACCCAGAUAUUUACCACUUUACUAAAAAAUAAAACAAACGGAUUUUUUGUAGACUGCGGAUCAUUUGAUGGCGAACAUGGAUCUGUUUCUAUGAGCUUUGAGGCUGAUCAUAAUUGGAGUGGACUACUUGUAGACGCAUCACCCAUGUCAUUGCAAAAAAUCUUGCUCAAAAGUAGAAAAGCGUGGUUCGCUCCAACGUGCAUGAGUCCAGAAAGAAAAUCCAUGAUGGUAUCGUUUGAGGAACAGGGAAUGCAAAGUCACAUUACGAAGGAUGAAAAAAAAGCUACAGGUCCGGUGGUGAGAUCUCUGUGCUUACCCUUCCACACCUUGAUGAAGGCGUUGGGGGUGUCGAAAGUGGACCUUUUUAACUUGGACGUGGAGGGAAAUGAGCUGCCCAUUUUAAAAACUAUUGACUUUAAUCUUGUGCAGAUUGACGCAAUGACUAUUGAGCACUACAAUAAUAAUGAGAAUGAUAGAAAUGAAAUCAAACGAAUAAUGCAGGAAAACGGAUUCAAAUUUCUCGGUCAAAACGGCUUUGACUUUAUGUUUAUCCACAGCCGGGUCUAACAGCCCAUCCGUAACUUUCACUUUAACUUAAGAAAUAAAAACUUAUGGCUAUGGCAUAAUGCAAAAU